CUCUGAGGGCUCUCCUACAGUUUGGCUGGGCACUGACUCCUGCCUACCCAAUUAAAAGGAAAGGGUUCCAGCCCCUCACUCCUUUGUGAAGUGGGAACAUUGCCCUUUGCCUCACUAACAGCCUAUUUUAAGGGAGAAAUUUUAACCCUUAGAGGCUUUGACACAGAAGCACUAGUUAGCUUGUAUUCUACUUGAAGGUGUGGAAGCCAACGUUGCCCAUUUCAGCAACCCUGCCAGUUACCACUGCUAGACGACCUAAGUUUUUUUGUUGUUGUUGUUUUCUUCCUGUCCACCACUCCUUGAAUUUAAAGUCUCACAUUGAACCAACCAAAUGGCAGUGUAAGGCCUCAUUGGCAACCUGGGUCCCAGAAUGUGGCCUAAAUCUAUUUGCUUGCCAGCCUUUGAGAUCUAAGGAAGUUACUGCACAUGAAAGAAAGGAAAGAAUUGAGAUAGCCGUCUUCUGGUGAUACUGUAUAUUUGGAUCAGGUUCAUUUAUUCAUUUGCUCAUUUGUUUAUUUGUUCAUAUUCAGAGACUCACAGUCAAGUAGGAGAGACUGAGAGUAGAUCAUCACAGCAGUCGAUGUGUAUUUGGAGGAGAAAGAUUUUGUAUUAGCAGGUUCCUGCUGUACGAGUGUCAUAUAACAACUCCCAAACCUCAGUGGCUUCCAACAACAAAUAUUUAGUUUUUUCUUUUAUAUCUGUAGGUCAGAGGGGAUUCCUGCUUCAGGGGGGUCACUUUCAGGUCUGUCCUUGUAUCUCUUUCUGGAACCCAGGAUGAAGAGGCAAUGGAUAAUUGGGACAAGCUCUUCUCAUGGCAUGUGGCAGGAGUACAAGAAGCCAGGUCAAACCACAGAAGCACAUUUACAGCCUAUGCUUGUACCACAUUUGCUAACAUUCCAUUGGCCAAAGCGAGUCACAGGCCAAGCCCAACAUUAGGAGGGUAGGUGAUGCUCUGAUGCUGCCCCUCCUUGUGAAUUGAUGACGGGUACAGAGAGAGAAUAAACUGCGUCUAAGACGGAACCAGAGAAAGAGUGUGCUGGGAGCCACCGUAGGAACAAGCGACCUGUCUGGCAAGGAAUACAGCAUCCUUCUGAGAGCCUCUUCUCGACAUUAUCCCACAGACCAAGACUUCUUUGUGGGAAAGAACACUUAGGAUCUUGCUAUCAGCUGCCCUAAACUUUUGCUGAGCCAAAAUAAGACUUUUGCUGCAGAACUGAACAAGAUAUUUCAUUUUUGUGUCUUUUAAUCUUCCUGGUUGCAGUGUUAGUUAUUCAGCCCUGAGAAUUUUGAGUCACAUUUGUUGCUAUUAUUUUUGCAUGCACUUUUCAAAAUGAUUGACUUAAGCUUCCUGACUGAAGAGGAACAAGAGGCCAUCAUGAAGGUUUUGCAACGGGAUGCUGCUCUGAAGAGGGCCGAAGAAGAGAGAGUCAGACAUUUGCCCGAAAAAAUUAAGGAUGACCAGCAGCUGAAGAAUAUGAGUGGCCAAUGGUUUUAUGAAGCCAAGGCAAAAAGGCACAGAGACAAAAUCCAUGGCGCAGAUAUCAUCAGAGCAUCUAUGAGAAAGAAGAGGCCCCAGGUAGCAGCUGAGCAGAGUAAAGACAGAGCAAAUGGGACAAAGGAAAGCUGGGUGAAUAAUGUCAACAAAGAUGCUUUACUUCCUCCAGAGCUGGCUGGCGUUGUAGAAGAGCCAGAAGAAGAUGCAGCACCAGCAAGCCCAAGUUCCAGUGUGGUAAAUCCAGCUUCCACUGUGAUUGAUAUGUCCCAGGAAAACACAAAGAAACCAAAUGUGUCUCCAGAGAAGCAGAGGAAGAAUCCAUUUAAUAGCUCCAAGUUGCCAGAAGGUCACUCGUCACAACAAACUAAAAAUGAACAGUCAAAAAAUGGAAGAACUGGUUUAUUUCAGAAUUCAGAAGAGGAUGAAUUGUCAGAAUCAAAAGAAAAGUCAGCUGUCACAGAUACUUCAAUCCAAAAGUUAGAGAAAUCAAAGCAGACUGUGCCAGGCCUUUCAAAUGGGUCCCAAAUCAAGGCUCCAAUCCCCAAAGCCAGGAAGAUGAUCUACAAAUCAACUGAUUUAAACAAAGAUGAUAACCAGUCUUUUCCUAGACAAAGGACAGACUCCCUGAAAGCGAGAGGGGCUCCGAGAGGAAUCCUCAAGCGCAACUCCAGUUCCAGUAGCACAGACUCAGAAACCCUUCGUUAUAAUCACAGCUUUGAACCCAAAAGCAAAAUUGUGUCACCUGGCCUAACCAUCCAUGAGAGAAUUUCUGAGAAGGAGCAUUCUUUAGAAGACAGCUCUUCCCCAAACUCCCUGGAGCCAUUAAAGCAUGUGAGAUUCUCUGCAGUGAAGGAUGAGCUUCCACAGAGUCCUGGGCUAAUCCAUGGCCAGGAAGUAGGAGAAUUUAGUGUUUUAGAAUCUGACAGGUUGAAAAAUGCAACAGAAGAUGCAGGGGACACAGAGGAGUUUCAGAGUGACCCUAAGCCUUCUCAAUACGGAAGGUCUUUGCUUUUUCAUCAGUCAGCCUCAAGCCCAAAUGUAUCAAAAAGUGAAACACAUCAGCCAGUGACUUCUGGUUCUUUUCUAAUUAAUGGGCUCCAUUCUCAUUCAGAAGUUUUAGCUGCAAGACCACAGUCCAUGGAGAAUUCACCAACCAUCAAUGAACACAAAGAUAAAUCAUCAGAAUUAACAAGACUUGAAUCUGUAUUACCCAGAAGCCCUGCUGAUGAACUGUCUCAUUGUGUUGAGCCUGAGCCGUCUCAGGUGCCAGGUGGCAGUUCUAGAGACCAUCAGCAAGGUAAGCCCCCUCCUGUCCCGGCUCUAAAAGCUAAGACAUCUUCACGUUCUAGUCCAUAUGCCACUGAGAUACAGAAGUCAACUGAUGAUUCCAUAUUUAAAGUUCUAGACUGGUUUAACCGAAGUUCUUAUUCAGAUGACAAUAAGUCAUUCCUCCAACAUCCCCGAGGAAUAGAGUCCAAAGAAAAAACAGACUCAAAAUCACAGGUUGCUAUUGACUUGGUGACAGAUGACACUACUUUAAAAGAAAAUGGCUCGAAGAACCUAUCAUCCAGCAAAAUUGAAUCGAAGCCUGUGAGAUCUGAUUCAACAUUCCAAGUAGAGGGAGAUAUGCUGGUUUCUGAAAGUUGCCAAGAUGCUAAUGUGAACAUCAAAUCCAAAUUCAUGAAUUUGUCCCAACAAGGUGCCCCAAAGGAAGGCCCAUGUAUAUUGCCAUUUGAAAGCUAUGGCACCCCAAGUCAAAGGAGCAAAAAUAUGGACUAUAGCCAAGAUUCAAAAAGCGUAGGAAAAGGGAACGGGUUAUCUCCUCCAAAAAGGAACUAUUCCUACAAUAUUCGCAAGGAAUCUGAUGCAGAAAACCAAGUUCCAUGCAACACUAAUAAUAUUGGCAACUUGGGUGAAGAAGAACCCAAGUUUCAUGCUCAUGAAGAAAAUAGAGGACACUCAGAAGUGCAUUUUGACUCUUCAACAAUUGUCAAAGAACCAGGUUUGAAAGAUAACAUGAAAGCAGAGAGAAAGAGCAAAGGAGGAAAUACCUAUAUCCUGAAAGCUUCCUUAGAGCCAGAGAAUAUUAAGUCAACACCUGGGGUUGCCAACAACGGCUCUCCUUGGAAGAAGCCUGAGGUCCAUCUCCAGCAAGAAGCUGAUGAGGUUCCCAAGAACCAAGUGCAGAGAGAGAAAUACAAAAGAGUGAGUGACAGAAUAUCCUUUUGGGAAGGAGAGAAAGCUGCUGCUAAGAUAACUCAUAAAGAACCCACAUCUUCAUGUAGCCAGGAACAACCUUCUGCUAAAGCAUAUCAGCCUGUGCAGAAGUCACAGGGUGUAUCAUCUAUGGACAGUUUAUCUACAGACCAGAGUGAAUAUAAUCAGGUCAUUCCCAAACGAGUGGUCCUAGAUGAGGAUGAUCAAGCAUCCCAGCUCUCCAAUUCUUAUUCCUCAAAUAAAUCUAAAGAGACCAAGCCACAAAUAUCAGAUCCAUCCAGAAACUAUCUUUCAGCUGAGGAAUCAGAUAAAGUGUCUCUGUUUCAGAAUAAGAAAAAUGAGCCUAUAAAAAGAUCACCAGUGGCAGACAGUUUGCCUUCUAGAAGAAACCUUACUUUACCAGCACUGCAACGUCCCUCAAAUGUUGGGAGUGAACGACAUGUUCCUUUGGAGAAAGACAGACCUCUAGUUCGUGAAUCAAAUGCCAACUUCAAAGUUAUGUCCCUAAAAGAAAGAAUGGAUGAACCCAAUGUGGAACAGGUCUAUAAUCCCUCUCAGUUUGAGAAUUUGAGAAAGUUUUGGGACUUAGAAGCUAAUUUAAACAGUAAGAAUAAUGACAAGAAUAUUACCACAGCAAGCCAAAAAAGUUCUGCACCUUUUAAUAGGCAGAAACACAAGGAAUUAAGUGACAUUAAAUUAUCAGGUAAAAAUACUCAUGAAGCAGAGGUGCUUCUAAGCCCAAAAAAAGUUAUGGGAAGAGAGGAAAUGGAGAAAUUAAAUUCAAAGGGCAUACUCCAGGUGCUACCAGAUGAAACCACAUUUCCUUUGAGUCCGCUUAGAAAGUAUACUCAUCAGUUGCGAGGAAAUGAGUCAUCAAAGGAAUACAUGGAAAAGAAUAUGGAAGGGAUUGUUACUCCAGUGUUUAAGGAAGAAAAGGAUUACUCAGACCAAGAGAUUCAAGAAUCCAUAGUAAAAACCAAUGUUUUGUCUAAAGACUACAAAGACACUUUUAAUGACAGCUUGCAGAAACUGCUUUCAGAAGCCUCAACACCAGCAAUUCAACCCUCUGGUGGAAAAGUUCAUGGAAAACAAGUGCUUGAGCCAAGUGUUUCUGAAAAUAGGACAUGGCGUCAAAAAACAGAUUUUGCUGAUACCGAGGAAGAAGUCAAAGGACCUGAGAAAAUCAUUAAUGAGCAUGUUGACAAAACAGUAGUUCCUCCAAAGGUUAAACGGAACUCUUUGACUGCUAGUCUAGACAAACUCCUGAAGGAAGCAACUGGAACUUCAUCCUCUCGCUUGCAAACCAAGUUGGCGCCCGUUAUCACUGGAACCAACUCUAAGCCGGAAGAAGGAAGAUUUUUUGGAAAAGGGAUAGAACAGAGUCACAAUACUUCAGCUGAUAAGAGAGAAAUACUAGCUCCUUUUCCAGAGAGAGAUGAAACUUUUGGAAAUACAGCUGUCCCCAAGAAAGCUGAAAGUGGUGAGUGCCAGCUAAACACAGAGAAUUUGAUUCAGAUGGCUGCAGAAGAUUCUUAUCCAUUGGAUCCACCUUCCCAGCUUUCCAGAAAGGGUUCUUUUGGGGAUGUGGCCAACCCUCCCCACGAUAUGCUUUUUCCCCAAGAUGCUCAUCUUGUUCCCCAGGCUAGGGCACACCCUUCUCAAACGGAAAUUUCAGAGACUGUAGAGAAAGUCGUUCUUCCACCCAGACCUGUGUUGAAUGAUGUAAAUGCUGCAUUACAGAAGCUGCAUAGAGAAGUAUGGUUAAGUUAUCCAGCUGGAAGGGAAGUACGUCCUGGAGAAGUGAACCCAGAAUUUCCUGAAGCAGUACAGGCAUUAGGUAGCCCCCUAAAUCCGCCAGGAGUGAUAUCACCAUGGGCUAUGAUGGACACCAUAGUUCCAGACAGGAAGGAUUUUUAUUCCUCCAAUGUAGUUCCUGAUAAAACUCAUGAACUUGGAUCUUAUUUAGCUGCCCAAAUGUUUCUAUCAGACCAGACACUUAGCUCAUUUGGUUCCACUGUUGCUCAAUAUGGCAAAGGCCUACCUCAGGAAGUGGAAGAAAUUGUGAGGGAAACAAUUAUUCAACCCAAAUCAGAGUUCCUCGAAUUCAGUGCUGGCUUAGAAAAACUACUGAAGGAAGCAACUGAAACCUUCCCCUUAAAAUAUGAAAGCGAUACAGGGAAUCUUUCUGCAUCAAAGUUAAUAGGUAGUACAAAGGAGCCCAGGCAAGCCACUUCUGAAUUCCAUCCUGAGGAAUUAAAAGAAACAGUAGAAAAGGCUGAGGCUCCAUUAAUAACUGAGAGUGCUUUUGAUGCUGGUUUUGAGAAACUUCUUAAAGAAAUAACUGAAGCUCCUCCUUAUCAGCCCCAGGUGUCAGUGAGAGAAGAAAUGCACAAGAAGGAGUCCUCACAGUCAGAGCAGACCAGGUUCUUAGGGGCAGUGCCCCAUUUUUACGGGGCAGCCUCACAGACCUCUGAAAUGAAGGCUAAAAGUAGUGGUUUGGAAUCUCAAGUCAACCAAUGUAAUAAAAAGUUGGGAGGAGACGUACAUAUGACUGAUUUAUUGGUAGAUUUUUGUGGUUCCAAAAGUGGAGUUGAGAUCCCUAGAACCCCACAACUUUAUGUGGCUCAUGAAAUAGGGACCAUUAACACUGUAAACCCCCCAGUGGACAGGGACAGUGAAAGUGGGGUUGCAGGGCGACAAGGGACUUUUCAGGAACCUGGCUUUGGAGGGGCUUCUGAAGCAAUUAGUGUGUCCAGAAAUAGGCAACCCAUUCCUCUCCUGAUGAACAAAGAAAACUCUACAAAAACAAGUAAAGUUGAAUUGAUUCUAGCAUCGCCAUAUAAGAAACAAGAGAAAGAGGAAGAAAAAGAAGGUUUCUCUGAGUCCGAGUUUUCAGAUGGAAACACCAGUUCUAAUGCAGAGAGCUGGAGAAAUCCUUCCAAGUAUGACUUUGGCCAGAUGACUCACCUGAUGCCACCCAAGGGCAUUGCCUGGCCAGGUUCAAAAGAAGAACCCAGUCCUGUUUUGAAAACUUCGGAAAAGAGUGCCGCUAGGAAAAUGCCUUCCAAAAGUCUAGAAGACAUUUCAUCAGAUUCAUCAAAUCAAGCAAAAGUAGAUAAUCAGCCAGAAGAAUUAGUGCGUAGUGCUGAAGAUGAUGAGAAAGCAGAUCAGGAGCCAGAUACAAAUGAAUGCAUACCAAGAAUUUCCACAGUGCCUACACCACCUGAUAAUCCAUUUUCUCACCCUGACAAACUCAAAAGGAUGAGCAAGUCUGUUCCAGCAUUUCUCCAAGAUGAGAGUGAUGACAGAGAAACAGAUACAGCAUCAGAAAGCAGUUACCAGCUCAGCAGACACAAGAAGAGCCCGAGCUCUUUAACCAAUCUUAGCAGCUCCUCUGGCAUGACGUCCUUGUCUUCUGUGAGUGGCAGUGUGAUGAGUGUUUAUAGUGGAGACUUUGGAAAUCUGGAAGUUAAAGGAAAUAUUCAGUUUGCAAUUGAAUAUGUGGAGUCACUGAAGGAGCUGCAUGUUUUUGUGGCCCAGUGUAAGGACUUAGCAGCAGCGGAUGUAAAAAAACAGCGUUCAGACCCAUAUGUAAAGGCCUAUUUGUUACCAGACAAAGGCAAAAUGGGCAAGAAGAAAACACUCGUAGUGAAGAAAACCUUGAAUCCUGUGUAUAACGAAAUACUGCGGUAUAAAAUUGAAAAACAAAUCUUAAAGACACAGAAGCUGAACCUGUCCGUUUGGCAUCGGGAUACAUUUAAGCGCAAUAGUUUCCUAGGGGAGGUGGAACUUGAUUUGGAAACAUGGGACUGGGAUAACAAACAGAAUAAACAAUUGAGAUGGUACCCUCUGAAGCGGAAGACAGCACCAGUUGCCCUUGAAGCAGAAAACAGAGGUGAAAUGAAACUAGCUCUCCAGUAUGUCCCAGAGCCAGUCCCUGGUAAAAAGCUUCCUACAACUGGAGAAGUGCACAUCUGGGUGAAGGAAUGCCUUGAUCUACCACUGCUAAGGGGAAGUCAUCUAAAUUCUUUUGUUAAAUGUACCAUCCUUCCAGAUACAAGUAGGAAAAGUCGCCAGAAGACAAGAGCUGUAGGGAAAACCACCAACCCUAUUUUCAACCACACUAUGGUGUAUGAUGGGUUCAGGCCUGAAGAUCUGAUGGAAGCCUGUGUAGAGCUUACUGUCUGGGACCAUUACAAAUUAACCAACCAAUUUUUGGGAGGUCUUCGGAUUGGCUUUGGAACAGGUAAAAGUUAUGGGACUGAAGUGGACUGGAUGGACUCUACUUCAGAGGAAGUUGCUCUCUGGGAGAAGAUGGUAAACUCCCCCAAUACUUGGAUUGAAGCAACACUGCCUCUCAGAAUGCUUUUGAUUGCCAAGAUUUCCAAAUGAGCCCAAAUUCCACUGGUUCCUCCACUGAAACUACUAAACCCGGGGAAUCUGAUCUUGAAAAUCUGAGUAGGUGGACAAAUAUCCUCACUUUCUAUCUAUUGCAUCUAAGGAAUACUAUACAGCAUGUAAAAGCCAAUCUGCAUGUGCUUCUUUGAUUACAAGGCCCAAGGGAUUUAAAUAAUAACAAAAUGUGUAAUUUGUGACUCUAACAUUAAAGAAUAUAUUUGAACAAGCUAGGAAAAUUGAACAUCUGCUGCUGCUUCAAAGAAAAAGUUGCCCCAGAGCAUUAAACAUGGGGUAUUGUUGAUAAGCAAAGUGUUCUUGUUUGCCAUCAUGUGUUUCACACCACAAUUCUGUGCCACAGUUAAGAGGGUCUGGUACCCUUGCAGGACCUUUGUAGGUUGUGGGAAAAAGUAGCAGAAAGAUACUCAAAGUGGGGUGUGGAAUGGAGACAGAACAUCAGUGAUGAUUAAAAAAAAAAAAGUGGAUCUUAAGAAACUAUUUACUCUGCAAUCUCUAAUAAAAUGCGGAAUUCCAUGUUAGGACAAUGAGACUGAAUUUACUGGUGUUUUCUGCCUUGAGAAAACAGGCAGUUAAAACAAGCCUCAAAUGUAUUUUAGUGCCACCCACUGGCCAUAGGUAAAAUUCAGUUGUUGGCUUGUUUUGACUUAAUUCUAAGAUAGAUCUCAAGCCUGUAUUUUUAUGAGUUUAUUUUUUUAAAACCCUGCAUAUAUAUGAUUGUUUUUCUUAUAACUUUAUUAUAUGAAAUCAGCAUAAGAGUAGUCACAAACAUGUUUUACAACAAAGUUUUAAUUAGAAUGUAAGUUGUUCAGUUAUACUGUACUUCUUAUGUAUGUAAAAUUUUCAUAAAGUAUUUUGUAAAAACCCUUAGAAUAAAUUGUCAUUUGAUUUAAAUUGUAUUAGAAAA